UACCUAAAGGGCUGGGUUUUCCAUUUUCAGCUUAAGUCAGCCACCUGGAAACACAGGGCGCUCCAGAGGAUAAAGGCCAAGAGCUGGAAAAGACGAUCCUCCAGCUGGGGAAACUUCCUUCCCUUCAGACAAAAUGCCGACAACCCAAAAGAUUCGGAUGUUCUUGGCGGGCUUUGUGACCAGCCUCGGGGCACUGGCAACUGUGUGUGUUGUUCUGGCCACCCCGCAGUGGGUCACUGGGAAGAUUGAAUUCAGCGACAACAGAUUUUCCAAUGGAAGUGUCCUCAUCACCUAUGGAUUGUUCCAUGGUGAGAGUACCCAAGAGCUGAGUUCAGGGCUGGGCCAGCCAGAUCUAACCUUUGAAGUUUUAUCGAUACUGUCAAACUCCUCUCAGAAAACUCUCCACUUAUUGGUCAUCGUCCUUCUGUUCUUUGUUUUGCUUGCAACCCUGCUGAGUUCUGGGUUAACAUUCUUCAACAGCGUCAGCAAUCCCUACCAGACAUGGCUCGGCCCCACUAGCAUUUCUUUUUGGAACGGACUAAGCAUGACCUUAGUCCUGGUGGCCAUGAUCCUCUUUGCCGUGAACACACAGGCCAACAACCUGUCAGGGGCGCUGAGCUCCACACUUUACCCAAUGGAAGGCUAUACGUAUGGCGGCACGACUCACACGUACCAAUACUCCUUCUGGCUCCCGCUCCUCAUUCUCUUCCUCAACAUCAUCACCAUCACCAUCAUUGUUUUCUACCAGAAGGCAAGAUACCACAGGAAGCAGGAGCAUCGGAAGCCCAUGGAAAAUGCACACAAAGAUGGGAUUUUAUUCUGAAGGCGGGUUUUUACAGCUGUUCCUCCAACAGAGCCACGGCCGACGCUGUGUGUACUGUCAGAACUGUCAGUGGAAGCCCAGGGUCUCCAAAUCAAGCUACGUCAACAGGCCCUUAUUAAAGCCCACUGCCCUGAAUUCCAGGCUUGUUCCCAGGCCAGCUCUGGAGGCUGAGGUCUUCCUCCUUUCUCACAGGGGUCAGACCUCUCUCCUGGAGAUUGCUUUGGAGGACUCUGUGUGUACUUACUUACCGAAGUGAGCACCUGCCUUAUCUCCCUCUAGAAUGUAAGCUCCUCAAGGGCAGAUACCUUUUGUUUUGGUUUUUAGGGCAGCACAGUGACUGCCUGGUGGAAUUGAACUCUUGUUACUUCGUGUCAUUUUUCACAUUUCAUCCAGCUGUGUCCUCUAGGUAACCUCAGAUGGUCCAGACUGGCCCCCUGAUGUAGUAUUCUCAAGGCCAAGACUUCCAUCUUGUGAAGGCGCAUUGAUCACUGUCCAUCCAUUUCUUGUAUUUAUGAGACUGGACCCUUUUAGAGUCAGACCAGUAUGAGAAUCAAAUGAGAUAACCUAAGUACAGUGCUUUGCAACCUUAAAGUGACAUGUAAAUGCCA